UAUCGUAUAAAUUGGACCGGCGGGAGAAUUAAACAAUCUGUCACCCGCCAUAGCAUGAUUUCAAAAGUUCAUCGCCCUGCACUUAAAACACUUGCAGUAGCAAAUCAAAUGCACCCAAACUACAGGAAAACCUUUUCCCAUAUAUUCCAAGAAUGUGCAAAACAAUGCACCCAGGACCCAGGCAAGCAAGCCCAUGCUCGAAUGAUAAUAUCUGGGUUUCAACCCACUAUUUUUGUCACUAAUUGUUUGAUUCAGAUGUACAUAAAAUGCUCCAAUUUGGGUUAUGCUGAUAAAGUGUUUGAUAAAAUGCCUCUUAGAGAUACAGUUUCUUGGAACGCCAUGAUUUUUGGGUAUUCUAUGGUUAAUGAUAUGGAGAAGGCAAAAUUGAUGUUUGAUUUGAUGCCUGAAAGAGAUGUAAUUUCUUGGAAUUCUAUGAUCUCGGGGCAUUUGCAAAAUGGUAAUUAUCAGAAAUCAAUUCGAGCUUUUAUGGAAAUGGGAAGAGAUGGUAUUGCUUUUGAUAGAACAACUUUUGCUGUUGUUCUGAAAGCUUGUUCGGGUUUGGAAGAUUCUAUGUUAGGGGUGCAGGUGCAUGGGAUGGUGAUCAAGUUGGGUCUUGCUACUGAUGUGGUGACGGGGAGUGCAAUGGUGGAUAUGUAUUCGAAAUGCAAGAGGUUACAUGAGUCGAUAUGUUUCUUCAAUGAGAUGCCUGAAAAGAACUGGGUUUCUUGGAGCGCUUUGAUUGCAGGUUGCGUUCAAAAUAAUGAAUUUGCUAAUGGAUUACAGCUGUUCAAGAAGAUGCAAAAAGAAGGGGUAGGGGUGAGUCAAUCUACUUAUGCUAGUCUCUUCAGGUCUUGUGCCGGGUUAUCUGACUUAAAAUUGGGUUCUCAAUUGCAUGGUCAUGCAUUGAAAACUGAUUUUGGAUCUGAUGUCAUUGUAGCGACUGCCACUUUGGACAUGUAUGCCAAAUCUAACAGUCUGUCUGAUGCUAGGAAGGUAUUCAACUUGUUGCCAAGUCAUAACUUGCAAUCUUAUAAUGCCUUGAUUGUUGGGUUUGCUCGAGGUGAUCAAGGAUAUGAAGCUGUAUUACUAUUCAAGCGUUUGCUGAAGUCUUAUCUUGGGUUUGAUGAAAUAAGCCUAUCUGGUGCAUUUAGUGCCUGUGCAGUUCUCAAAGGUCAUUUAGAGGGAAUGCAGCUACAUGGGGUAGCUUGUAAGACUCCCUUUUGUUCGAAUGUAUGUGUUGCAAAUGCCAUUAUGGACAUGUAUGGCAAAUGUGAAGCACCACGUGAAGCUCGACGUCUGUUUGACGAAAUGGAAAUAAAAGAUGCAGUGUCUUGGAAUGCAAUAAUUGCAGCUCACGAGCAGAAUGGACAUGAGGAUGAAACUUUGAUACUAUUUUUUCGGAUGCUUCAGGCAAGGAUGGAACCAGAUGAAUUCACUUAUGGUAGCGUUUUAAAGGCCUGUGCGGCUCGUCAAGAUUUGAACAUUGGCAUGGUGAUUCACAAUAGAAUCAUAAAAUCAGGGAUGGGGUUGGAGUGCUUCAUUGGGAGUGCUGUAAUCGAUAUGUACUGCAAAUGUGAAAAGGUAGAAGAGGCAGAGAAACUUCAUGAGAGAAUGGAGGAACAGACAAUUGUUUCUUGGAAUGCAAUCAUAUCGGGCUUCUCAUUGCGUGAACAAAGUGAGGAAGCUCAGACAUUCUUCUCUAAAAUGCUGGAAGAGGGAAUAAAACCUGAUAACUUUACCUAUGCAACAGUUCUUGAUGCUUGUGCCAAUCUAGCUACUGUUGGGCUAGGAAAGCAAAUUCAUGCUCAAAUUAUAAAGCAAGAAUUGCAGUCGGAUGUGUUUAUAACCAGCACUCUUGUUGACAUGUACUCCAAGUGUGGAAACAUGCAGGAUUCCAGGUUGAUGUUUGAAAAAGCACCAAAAAAGGAUUUUGUCACAUGGAAUGCUAUGGUUUGCGGUUAUGCACAACAUGGUCUUGGAGACGAGGCUUUGCAGAUCUUUGAAAAGAUGCAGCUUGAGGAUGUUAGACCAAAUCAUGCAACUUUUCUUGCGGUCCUAAGAGCUUGUGCACAUAUUGGGCUUGUUGAGAAAGGUCUGCAACACUUCAAUUCAAUGUCUAAUAACUAUGGAUUAGAUCCUCAAUUGGAACAUUACUCAUGUAUGGUUGACAUACUAGGGAGAGCAGGCCAAAUUAGUGAAGCUUUGAAGCUUAUUCAAGACAUGCCUAUUGAGGCUGAUGAUGUGAUCUGGAGAACUCUACUUAGUAUGUGUAAGAUGCACGGUAAUGUGGAGGUAGCAGAAAAAGCAGCAAAAUUUCUCUUGCAAUUGGACCCUGAGGAC